AUGCAUUGUUGCCUCCCAAAUGAAUUCCGGUGCAGUAACUCUUGCAUCGACCUGGUACGGCGCUGUGAUCGCGAACCCAACUGCCCUGAUCAAGAGGACGAAACCGGCUGUGAGUCCUUCGUGUGUCCUGUGACGCAUUUCAAGUGUGCCAAUCACUACUGCGUCCCAGAGGACGCCGUGUGCAACUUUGAGGACGACUGUGGUGAUGGGUCCGACGAACAAAAUUGCUCGCACCGGACGUGCUGGAACUCGGAGUUCCGGUGCGACAACGGGGAGUGCAUCCGGCCCGGCUACGUCUGCGACGGCGUCGUCGACUGCAAGGACGCCAGCGACGAGGCGCACUGCACGCCAGAUUUCUUUCGGAUAUGCGGCGACGGGACUCGCGUUCACCGCUUCUUCUGGUGUGACGACUGGACGCACUGCGCUGAUAACCACGCCGACGAGCUGAACUGUACAGCCUGUGACGGCGCCGACAAGUUCCGCUGUCCGAACGGUCGCUGCAUCCGUCGCGCCAACCUGUGUGACUCGUACUGCGACUGCGCGCCGACCGAACGCGGCCAGGGGUGCGCCGACGAGGCGGGCUGCCAGCACAGCUACCUGCAGAGGCACGGUAUGAGCGUGUGCACGCCGGGGAAGACCCUACUUUGCAUCCCGCACCCCGGCAGCAGGGAGGACCGCUGCAUCGCCCCCGAGUACAUCUGCGACGGCCACAACGACUGCCACAACGGGAACUACGUCUCGGACGAGCUGGGCUGCCCGUCGUCGUCUGUGGUCCUGACGGGGAAGUGGUUCACGUGCUCCGAGGGCCGGAUGGUCCCGCAGGAGCUGCGCUGCGACUUCAAGUGGGACUGCCUGCUGGGCGAGGACGAGGAGGGCUGCGAACGGAUCCCGUGUUCUAAAAACGAAUUCACGUGCAACAAUGGCCAAUGUAUCCCUAUUGAAAGGCAAUGUGAUUUGAGAUUUGACUGCUGGGACAAGAGUGACGAAUUUAACUGCAAGGAGGCGCCGUGCCCGGCGGGCCAGCUCAAGUGCGCCGGCAGCGGGCAGUGCGUGCCGCGGGCCUGGUGGUGCGACUUCUACCUCGACUGCCCGGACGGCUCGGACGAGCUCAGCUGCGAUGUAGCUGUUCCAUUGGGCCGCGGGCGGGAAUGCGGCCGCGACGAGUUCCGCUGCCUGAGCGGCCAGUGCGUGCCUCGCAGCGACGUCUGCUUCAAGUCCGGCCACGAGCGCAGCGGCUGCGCCGACGGCUCCCACCUGCUGCACUGCGAGAAUGUGACGUGCCCAGAAGACACAUUUAAAUGCAGAAACGGCCCGUGCCUCAACAUGUCACUGCGCUGCAACGCCUUCCUGGACUGCAAGGACACUUGGGUUGACGAAGACGGCUGCACGUUCCAGUGCUCCACGGAACCUCGAUGCGUGUGCCACGACACAAAAAUCAACUGCACCAGUCUUGGCCUGACGGAGUUCCCGGCGGUCAUUGAAUUUCAGAUAAAUCGCUUUUAUAUGGCAAAUAAUUUGUUGAAUGAGACACUUAAUGAAGAUUCAUUUUCGAAACUGGACCGACUUGUUUACCUAGAUCUGAGGAACAACAGUAUAUCUAGACUUCCCGCCAUGAUAUUCCGCAAUCUCUGGCGACUACACAUUCUCAACUUACAAGAUAACCAUAUCUCCGUUAUAAACAACGGUAGCUUCUUCGGGUUGCCAGAUUUGCGCACACUCCAUCUACAAGGUAACGGAAUAGAAGUCUUAGAACCAAUGGCUUUUUACGGACUCUCGUCGAUUACUACGUUGGACUUGAAACACCAGAGGAUACGCAACAUAUCUCGCAACGCCUUCGUUGGGCUCAGAAGUCUCGUCGCCCUUGACCUGUCUUUCAACCACAUAUUCUACGUUGCAGACGGAGCUUUGAAUGGAAUGCCUAAACUGGAAACAUUAGAUCUGAGUAACAAUUUCAUCAAGAACGUUGGAAACAACGUAUUUAGAAGCGUAACUGCAUUAAAAACACUGGUGACGGACGAGUUCCGGUUCUGCUGCGUGGCGCGGCACGCGGCGCGCUGCCUGCCGGCGCCCGACGAGUUCUCGUCGUGCGAGGACCUCAUGUCCAACCUGGUGCUGCGCGUCUGCGUGUGGGUGCUCGGCGUCGUCGCCACCGCCGGCAACGCGCUCGUCAUCGCCUGGCGCAUGCGCUUCAAGCACUCCAACCAGGUGCACUCGUUCCUGAUCACGAACCUGGCGAUCGGCGACCUGUUCAUGGGGUCGUACCUGCUGAUCAUCGCGGCGGCCGACGCGCACUACCGGGGCGUGUACUCGGUGCACGACCGCGACUGGCGCUCCAGCGCGCUCUGCAGCCUCGCCGGCUUCAUCUCCACCUUCUCCAGCGAGUUUUCCGUCUACACCCUCACAGUGAUUACGCUGGACCGUUUUCUGGUGAUAAUAUUUCCGUUCCGGAUCCGGAGGCUGGAAAUGUCCAAGACCCGCAUGCUGAUGGCGGCGGGCUGGGCGGUUGCUGCGUUCCUGUCCGGCUUGCCGCUCUUCAGGAUAGACUACUUCAGAAAUUUCUACGGGAGAUCCGGUGUUUGCCUAGCCCUGCACAUAACUCCAGACAAGCCAAGCGGAUGGGAGUACUCCGUAUUUGUAUUCCUAUUCCUGAACCUGGCGUCGUUCUCGGUGAUCGCGCUGGGCUACGUGUGGAUGUACGCAGUGGCGCGCACCACGCAGCGCGCCGUCCAGCAGCAGCACAAGCGGCCCGACUCGGCCACAAUGGCGCGCCGCAUGACGCUCAUCGUGGCCACCGACGCCGCCUGCUGGAUGCCCAUCAUCCUGCUGGGCCUGCUCUCGCUCGCGGGCAUCACCGUCCCACCGCAGGUGUUCGCCUGGGUGGCGGUGUUCGUGCUGCCGCUGAACGCGGCGGUCAACCCGGUGCUGUACACCAUCUCGACGGCGCCCUUCCUGACGCCGGCCCGGCGCGGCCUGCGAGCCUUCAAGCGCUCCUGGAAGCUGUCGCUCACCGCAGACCAGAGGAGGACCUUCUCUUCUUCGCUGGGUUCGACCCACGUCCACAACUGCAACCUGUGCGACGUAAACUGCCCGCUUGACGUCAACAUCUUCAUGGAGAACGGCGGGGGCAUUGCAACUGGUCCGGAGCAUAGUGAUCUCGCUGGCGGGGACGGCAAUAACGGCUCGCAGCACUCCGCCCUCUUCUCGCUCACCAGACGCCAGCCGCAGGCGGCACACGAUCACCGCUGGUGCUCUCGGUCAUCCCAGGAGCGCGCUAGCGGCGACUGGCGUUCCGGACGAUGGCGGGGGCGCCACCGUCAGCAGCUACACCUGCAGCAGGCGCUGGCGUCGGUCGACACAGCUGUCUCUGCUCGCGGCGAGGUCAUCCCCCUGCGGCAGGUGGCUGGGCCCGCCCCCGCGGCUGACUCCCGCCGCCGCCGCCUCCGCGAGCUGUACGACUGA